GGGGCGAGGCGGGGUUCGCGCGCGCGCACUGCGCGGCGUCGGGUGGGGUCAGGUUUAUAUCCGCGGGGAUCAGCUGACGCGCCGCAUUGCAGACUGCGGAGUCCAGCGGCUCCGGCGGCGUGACGAUGUUUGCGCUCUUCCUCCUGGGCAGCCUGCUGGGCACGGCUCUUGCCAGCCCCGUCACAGACCUGAGAAAAUGCUCCGGAGGCUCGGGGGUGCUGUGCCAGGACCUCAAGACGGCGGCCGACUGUGGGGCAGUGCAGCACUGCCGGCAGACUGUGUGGAGCAAGCCCACAGUGAAAUCCCUCCCAUGUGACAUAUGCAAACAGGUGGUCACUGCCGCAGGUGACCUACUGAAGGACAACGGCACCGAGGAGGAGAUCCUCUCUAACCUGGAGAAGGUCUGUAACUGGUUCUCGAACCCCAACCUGUCGUCCUCAUGCAAGGAAAUAGUGGACUCCUACCUGCCUGUCAUCCUGGACAUGAUUAAAGGGGAAGCGAGCAAUCCUGGUGAGGUGUGUGCUGCCCUCAACCUGUGCGAGUCUCUUCAGAGACACUUGGCAGAGCUGAACCGCCAGAAGCAGCUUGAGGCCAACAAGAUCCCAGAGGCUGACCUGUCCGAGGUGGUGGCUCCCUUCAUGGCCAACAUCCCUCUGCUCCUGUACCCCCAGGAUGGUCCCCAAAGCCAGCCCCAGCCAAAGGCCAGCGGAGAUGUCUGCCAGGACUGCGUCCAGAUGGUGACCGACAUCCAGACUGCUGUGAGGACCAACUCCACCUUUGUCCAGGGCUUGGUGGAACAUGCCAAGGAGGAAUGUGACCGCCUGGGGCCUGGCUUGGCGGACAUGUGCAAGAACUAUAUCAGCCAGUAUUCUGAAAUCGCCGUCCAAAUGAUGAUGCAUAUGCAACCCAAGGAGAUCUGUGUGCUGGUUGGCUUCUGUGUCGAGAUCAAGGAAGUACCCAUGCAGCCUCUGGUCCCAGCCAGAGUGGCCACCGAGGUCCUCCCUGCUGUGGAGCUGGUGGAGCCCCUCGAGCAGGAGCUGGUCCGGGCCCACGAGAGUGUCACAUGCAAGGCGUGUGAGUACGUGGUGAAGAAAGUGAUGGAGCUGAUUGACAACAACAGGACUGAGGAAAAAAUCAUCCAUGCUCUGGACAGUGUGUGCGCGCUGUUGCCCGAGUCUGUGUCAGAGGUGUGCCAGGAGGUGGUGGACACAUACGGUGACUCCAUCGUGGCGCUCCUCCUGCAGGAGAUGAGCCCCGAGCUGGUGUGCAGCGAGCUCGGCCUCUGCAUGUCUGGCAAGGACCGCCUCAGCCAGCCCAAGCUGCCCAUGCUGCGCCGACUACAUGCGCCGCCUGCACGUGUGACUCCGCUAAAGGAUGGUGGCUUCUGCGAGGUGUGCAAAAAGCUGGUCGGCUACUUGGAACACAAUCUGGAGAAGAACAGCACCAAGCAGGAGAUCCUGAAUGCGCUGGAGAAGGGCUGCAGCCUCCUGCCUGACCCCUACCAGAAGCAGUGUGAUGAGUUCGUGAGCCAGUAUGAGCCCUUGUUGGUAGAAAUCCUCGUGGAGGUCAUUGACCCAUCCUUCGUGUGUACGAAAAUUGGAGCCUGCCACUCUGUCCGGAAGCUUCUGUUGGGAACUGAGAAGUGUGUGUGGGGCCCCAGCUACUGGUGCCACAACAUGGAGACAGCAGCACAGUGCAAUGCUGUCGAACACUGCAAACGUCAUGUGUGGAACUAGAGCAUCGUUCCUGCAGGAACUGUAGCAUCCUUUUCUCCUUGUGUGUCUGUGGUAACGAACACACAGAUCUGUAUGACUUUGUUACAAUUUAGGUUCCUUCCCUUGAGCCCAUUUCUUUCCCUCUCUGUAGCAGUGCUGUCACGUGGGAGGCGCCAUAGCCACUUUCAGUGUCCUUUGUGUGCUGGAAGGUUGAGGACACACUGGGCCAGAGGUCUCAGCUGCCCUCGCCUGGCACCUGCUGGGGGAGGAGUUCUCAGUGUGGGCUUGGACCUUCUUCCCCACCCUGAGAGGUAGCCGGGCUCUGGGCUCUUACCCUGCAGAGGGACUGUCCUCCCUUCCUGCUGCCAGACAAAGGCAGUUUCAUGUGAAAGAUAGAAGCUCAGAAUAAUUAGGCUUUGAAAGUAACAGAAUUCCCAGUGUAACAGCACAGUUUGGGAGUAGCUCUUGGUGGCUCAGAGGACACUGGUGGGACAUUGUCCCAGUGACUCAGGUUUGUUGUCCUGGGUCAGCUUUUGAUUCUGCUUGCCUGUCUUCCUGUGGAUGCCUUGUUUGGGGUACUGGGGGUGGGGUGGGGUGGGGAGGGGCAAUUGCCUGACUGUAACCUGUUGACUCUGUGCAGGGCCUGCGGGCCUGGCUUAUGUGUGAGGCUUUUGCACAAUGGUGACCACUGUCUGUCUGCUCAUGUGUCUGUCUGUGGCCGCCAGGGCCCCGCUUCGUGCUCGGCAUGCCCUGGUCCCCUCCCCUUUCAGAUCUAUGUGGAUGACAAGCUCCUAGCCUCUGCCUGGUAGAGUGCAAGCUGAGGCCCCUGCAGGAUGGGUACUGGCUGGGUCUUGGCUGCUGCCCGUUUGGCCCCUGAAACUUUUCCAUUCUGGUUGCUGGGAGGCUGCAGACAAAGCCAGCAAGCCAGCUACUUGCUAUUAAACGGACUUAGUGAUUUUCAUUUGUUUUGCACUAAAGUUUCUGUGAUUUAACAAUAAAGUUCUGUUAACCAGU